AUGAAGCGCUCUGCUAGCUGGUUGGAGACUGCAAAACCCGUCUUCGUCACCAAGGCGGAGCGGGAGCGCCGCCAGGCGCCCGCCGUCGCCGACCGGCGCCACUCUGCAGCAGAUCUGUUCCGCUCCCUCCAUCAGCCCCCUUUGCUGCCGUCGCCGACUCCCCCGUCCAGCUUCAACCCUUCUCUUUGCAACUCUGCCUAUCGCGACUCUUCCGAUCGGGAUCGGGACAGAGACCGCCGCCACGACCUCGACCGCGACCGCCGCCGCGACCGAUAUGACUCUUCCUGCCGGGAUAGGGGUAAGGAGAGGAUUAGGGAGCGCGGCCCCGGCCGCGACUGCCACAGGGAGCGGGAGCAGGACCGAGACGGGGAGCGCGCGGACCGGAACAGGGAGAAAGAUCGGCUGGAGAGGAUGGCGGAGCGGGAGCGGGAGAAGGAGCUGGAGGCGAUCAAGGAGCAGUACCUGGGGUGUAAGAAGCCCAAGAAGCAGGUCAUCAAGCCAUCGGAGAAGUUCCGCUCCUUCGACUGGGAGAACACCGAGGACACAAGCCGCGACAUGAACACGCUCUACCAGUUGCCGCACGAGGCCCGGCCCCUCUUCGGCCGGGGAUUCGUUGCUGGUAUGGACCGCCGUGAGCAGAAGAAGGCGGCGGCCCAACACGAGAAGAAGAUCCGUGCAGAGCUGCGGCACAGAACUGGUGCGGAGGAUCGCAUGGAGGACGAUGAUGAUUUGGUGGGCAAGAAGAAUGCUGCUGCAGCUGAUUCGUAUGACACCUUUGACAUGCGUGUUGACAGGCACUGGUCUGAAAAGUCGCUCGCGGAGAUGACCGAGCGAGAUUGGCGCAUUUUCCGCGAAGACUUCAGUAUCUCUUACAAGGGGUCUCGCGUACCUCGGCCGAUGCGGAGCUGGAGCGAGAGCAACCUUGGGGCUGAGCUGCUGCUUGCUGUCGAGGGGGCUGGAUACCGGAAACCAUCGCCAAUCCAGAUGGCUGCCAUUCCACUUGGUUUAAGCCAGCGUGAUGUCAUUGGGAUUGCUGAGACAGGUUCCGGCAAGACUGCAGCUUUUGUGCUUCCCAUGAUGUCUUAUAUUGCACAAUUACCCCCCAUAAGUGAUGAAAAUGGUCCUUAUGCUCUUGUCCUGGCACCUACUCGCGAGCUUGCUCAACAGAUUGAGGAGGAGACUGUGAAAUUUGCGAAUUGUCUAGGCAUUAGGGUCGUGUCAGUUGUUGGUGGUCAGCAGAUUGAGGGGCAGGCCUUAAAGCUCAAGCAGGGCUGUGAGAUUGUAAUUGCCACACCUGGUCGGCUUCUUGAUUGCUUGGAGAGCAGGUAUGCUGUGCUCAACCAGUGCAACUAUGUUGUGCUUGAUGAGGCUGAUAGGAUGAUCGACAUGGGUUUUGAGCCACAGGUUGUUGCUGUCCUUGACGCGAUGCCUUCGAGUAACCUGAAACCUGAGAAUGAGGACGAGAAACUUGAUGAGAGGAGGAUUUACAGGACUACAUGUAUGUUCAGUGCCACCAUGCCACCUGCUGUGGAGCGUCUUGCUAGAAAGUAUCUCCGGCACCCAGUUGUUGUGACAAUUGGUACGCCGGGCAAGGCCACUGAGCUAAUCACCCAGAAUGUGAUGAUGGUGAAGGAGUCUGAAAAGAAAUUUCUGCUUCACAAGAUGCUCAGAGAGCUUGGAGACAAAACAGCCAUUGUCUUCUGCAAUACCAGGGAAUCAGUGGGCAUGCAUACCAAGGAUCUGGCGAAUAAAGGCUUCCGCGUCAUGGGUAUACAUGGAGGAAAAUCACAGGCAAAGAGAGAUAUCAGCCUUGAUGGUUUCAGGAACAGGCACUGCAAUGUGCUUGUGGCUACUGAUAUAUUGGCGCGUGGUAUCGAUGUUCCUGAUGUUGCACAUGUGAUUAACUAUGAGAUGCAUAAUUCAAUCGAGAUAUACACACAUCGCAUUGGAAGAACAGGGCGUGCAGGUAAGAAGGGUGUGGCGACUUCAUUUUUAACUCUGGAGAACACUGAUAUUUUCUUUGAUCUGAAACAGAUGCUUAUACAGAGCAACAGUCCUGUGCCACCUGAACUUGCACGGCACGAGGCAUCAAGGUUCAGGCCCGGCUCAGCUCCUGGUAGACCUCCAAGAAGAAAUGACACUGUUUUUGCAAAUCGCUGAAGCUACACUUGAAGGAGUUGAAGGUCUUUGUAUUAUUAUUUUGAAGGCAACUUCUUGGAAAGAUAUGAAUCUAGAUUUGUACCCAUGAGGUACACUUCUAAGUUCGAGAACUACAGUAUAUAUUCUUGGUAUGUUUACUGGAUCUUCACUUUGGAGGUUUAUUGCGUAUGUACGUCGUUCAUAUAGCGUUUAAUCUCAACCCUCAAGAGGUAUUAAGUUUUAUGCUGACCGUGAACGAGAGUAUGAGACUCAGCAACUUGCAUUGUACUCCCUCCGUUCCUAAAUAUAAGUCUUUUUAGAGAUUCUAAUAUGAACUACAUACAGAGCAAAAUGAGUGAAUCUCCACUCUAAACUACGCCUAUAUACAUCUGUAUGUAGUCCAUAUUGAAAUAUCUAGAAAGACUUAUAUUUAGAAACAGAGGGAGUAUAUGUGGGUGCAUCUUGUUGACGAGAAAACUCUGGUAUGUGUUUUAUAAGGAAUCCCGCUACCAGAAUAGUGCAUAUGACCCACAUGUUCCGAAGAGUGUGGCGUCGAGGGGCGGGGAUAUGUUUCAAGCUGUUGGUCCAACGAUUGUUAGAAUGCACAUACACAGUUUGGGUUGCUACUGAAACUACCAACUAUUGACAUCUACUAACUUAGUGGUCCGGAACAUAAAUGAAUGCCAAGAAACCCUAGCCAUCCGGGUCGUGCUUGCGACGCCACCACCACCAGACUUCGUCGCCGCCACCGGAGGAGACUGUCCGCCAGGGGCCGGGUGCUCGAUCAUGCGUCCUCUCCUAGUGCCCUUUCUCACCCUCUCCUAUGUUCGCUUGACCGCUUGACUUUGGACUCGACGGCUCAUGGCAGCGAUGGGGGGCUCCCAAAAGCUAUUUACUCCUUCCCUCUCACCUCCCGUGCACUCUCUACCGGGCGUCCAUGCCCUGGCUGCAAGCUGGUGCAUAGGCCUCGACUGCGCAUCUUGCGGUCCCUUGUUGAGCGCCCCUUGCCUGGCUAUUUUCUCCUUCCCUCUCACCUCCCGUGCACUCUCUACCGGGCGUCCUUGCCCUGGCUGCAGGCUGGUGCAUAGGCCUCGACUGCGCAUCCUGCGGUCCCUUGUUGAGCGCCCCUUGUUGAGCGCAUCCUGCGGUCCCUUGUUGAGUGCCCCUUGCCUUGGCGACGGGCAGCGCCGUGCUCACAUGCAUUGUGUCCUAUGCUUCAGCCACAGUGGUGUCGAAUGCCCAUGCUCCCGCUCCGUAUUAGUUGUGCUCCAGCAGGCAGCUACGGCGGCGCUCUGGAGGAAGGUGGUUGUUGAUGUCUUCGGGUGUUGGGGCUUCCCCUCAGCUUGUGGUUGUUGUCAUGACAGACUACUACAACUUGGACGACAACGCCUCGGCUUGUGUUUUAGUUGGUGGUGGGUGGCGCAGCUUGGAUUGGGGCACGAGGGUUAAGCCGAUGACUUACCAUUGGGAAUCUUGGGUGUUGUAUUUCUUCUCACAUAAAUACAAAAAUGGAUCACAUGGUUCCUACAAUCCGGUUCGGACCUUUGGGUAGGCUCUGCAGGAUUAACAACCAUAGCUGAACGGAGUAUGAUAGAAUUCCCCUGUACAGUCAUUCGAGAAGUCCCCCAUGAGGAUGACUCCCAUACAAAUCUUGUGAUCGCUGGAGAAGCGUCUAGGGGUAAAUCAUCGUAUCCAUAUAAUUGCCUGCCACCUAUGCUCCAUCAUUCAUUCAAAAUUUGGCAUCCCAUCAGAUUGCGAUAUUACUCACCUAUUCUUGCCAUAUAAAAAGAAAAUAAUACACUACUUAUCCUAACGGGGAAUUUUUUGGGUGUAUAUUAUAGCAAAGAGCUGAAGUAUGUCCGUGAUUUGGGUUACCAGAUUACACCACUUAGGGUUUACUUGUUUGAGGAGAUGAUUACUCCUUUUGAAAGCUUUGUUCCGAUCUCUAGCAGACAAGAAGCUAAGAAAAGCUACGCUUCCCAUUCUUCAGAAAAAUCAACUGACUUCUACCCUCUUGAUUGAUCCGGGGAAACAAACCGUCACAUGUUGGGAAGCUAGGAAUCAAGGUUGUGGCUUGAUGAGGAAAACAAAGAUGACACGAUGGAGUUGGCUGCUGGCACAAUAGGAUGGUGUCCUUACCGUACCGCUGGCACACGCGUGGUAUCGUUCGUGGUGGUGCUUUUGGAGUCUGAUGUACUACGUCCAGGAUCCGAAACGAGCUUGACAAGGGACCACUGCCAUCCCAUUCUUUAGUGAGCUGGAGUGCCGCCAUCUUAUCCAUGGAAAACGCGUCAAGCUAUCGCUUUCAGUCUAAGCAACAAAAGAGAAGGAUCGAGAAACGCGACAGCAUAGGAACCACGAAAACCAGG